AAUAAACCGCCGCUUCUCGGGACGAACCGGCGGCGCCUCCGCAGCUCCUCCGCUCCGGGCCACAGAUCCGUCCCGCUGACCUCUGACCUCUGACCCGUGUUCGUGUCGGACCCUCGGCUGCCGGUCGGGACGAAGGCGAGGACUCGGUGUCGUCACGCCUGUGUUGAAGAGGAAGGCAAAGGUGGUCAAGGAUGAGUCCCUGAAAGUCUUGGAUUACACGGCGGAGGACUUUGGGAAUUCUUGGAAUUCUCAGCAUCAGGAACAGCGAACAAAUCAGAACCAGCGGCCCGUCGUUUGGUGGAAUGUCGAGCUGAAGGACCCUCGAACACAGACGCAGUGGAAUGUAAAAUAAAAGAUCUGUGGAAUGUAAAACUGAUUAAGGAUCUGUUUGGAGGCACAAACCUGGGACACAAAACUCCCACACUCUGGAUUUUAUUAUUAAAUAAGUAAUUUCUGGUUUUAUUCUUAUUGUCGGACUUUUGGAACUCAGAGUCGCUCCGUCUGUCUUUUUUUAAAUCUCCGUCCUCCUCUCGGCCGGAGGAAAUGGAUCUGUCUCCGUGGAUACGACAACGGAUGACAGGAAGUUGAUCGAGAGACGAACCGAGAGGGAGGGAUAUGUCGUGGAAGAGGAACUACUUUGCGUCGGGUGGCGGCGGCGGUGGCAGUGGAAGCGGUGUCGGUGGCAGCGGGGGAAGUGGAGGUGGAGGUGGAGGAGGUGGAGGAGGUGGGAUGCAGGGGAUCCUGACGCCUCGCACCAUGACGUCCAUCGCUCCCAGCAAAGGGCUGAGCAACGAGCCGGGGCAGAACAGCUGCUUCCUGAACAGCGCCCUGCAGGUCUUGUGGCAUCUCGACAUCUUCCGUCGUAGUUUCCGUCAGCUGACCACCCAUAAGUGCAUGGAGGACUCGUGCAUCUUCUGCGCUCUGAAGAGUAUCUUCGCUCAGUUCCAGUACAGCAGCGAGAAGGUCUUACCGUCCGACGCUCUCCGCACCGCGCUCGCCAAAACCUUCCAGGACGAGCAGCGGUUCCAGCUCGGCAUCAUGGACGACGCCGCAGAGUGCUUCGAAAACAUCCUGAUGAGGAUCCACUUCCACAUCGCAGACGAGACCAAAGAAGACAUCUGCACGGCCAGACACUGCAUCCCCCACCAGAAGUUCGCCAUGACGCUGUUCGAGCAGUGUGUUUGCAGCAGCUGUGGAGCGUCCUCAGACCCGCUGCCCUUCAUUCAGAUGGUCCACUACAUCUCCACCACCUCCCUGUGUAACCAGGCAGUGAAGAUGCUGGAGUCGAGGGAGAAGGCGACUCCUGGGAUGUUCGGGGAGCUGCUGCGAAACGCCAGCAUGGGAGACCUGCGCAGCUGUCCGAGCCAGUGUGGUCAGCAGCUCCGGAUGGCUCGCGUCCUCCUCAACAGUCCGGAGAUCAUCACCAUCGGCCUGGUGUGGGACUCGGACCACUCGGACCUGGCCGAGGACGUCAUCCACACGCUGGGAACCUGCCUGCGCCUGGGAGACCUGUUUUACAGAGUGACGGAGGAGAAGGCCCGUCAGUCGGAGCUCUACCUGGUCGGCAUGGUGUGUUACUACGGCAAACAUUACUCCACCUUCUUUUUCCAGACUAAGAUCCGGCGAUGGAUGUACUUCGAUGACGCGCAUGUCAAAGAGAUCGGCCCCAAGUGGAAGGACGUGGUGUCUCGCUGCAUCAAGGGCCACUACCAGCCUCUGCUGCUGCUGUACGCCGACCCGCGGGGGACGCCGGUGUCGGUGCAGGACCUGCCCUCGCGCCUCGACCUGCACCACCUCAACAAGGCCUGCUACGACAGCGAAGACUCGGGCCGCGAGCCGUCAAUCUCCAGCGACACUCGCACCGAUUCGUCGACGGAGAGCUACUCGUACCGACAGCCCUCCCACUCUCACCAUGAGUCCCUGGCCAGCCACUACUCCUCCGACUCCCAGGGAACCGUCAUCUGCAUCGAACGCCCCGACGGAGCCCUGCACGCCUCGCUCUGCAGCCUGGAUACCAUAGGCCACGUGACGGACAGUGAGCAGCACCAGUCUCUGAGGAAGGGAGGCGGGGCCGGGGAUAGGAGGCGGAGCUCUAGCCGCCACCGCCGAGCUAAACCCGACAACGAAGCCUCGUCGGCCGGUUACCACAGCGAGGGAGAGACGUUGAAGGAGCAGCAGGUUCCUCGCCACCUCCCCAAACCUUCGUCCUCCUUCUCAUCCUCCACCAGCCGCCUCCGAGACUUCAAGGAGACCAUGAGCAACAUCAUCCACAGCCGACCCCUCUCCUCCUCCUCCUCCUCCUCUUUGCCGGCCGCCGUCCUCUCCGCCGAAAUCGCCUCCGCCGCCGCCGCCAACAGCCACCACCACCUCCACCUCCACCCUGCCGCCGCCCCCUGCUCCUCCUCCUCCUCCUCCAUCAAACCGCAGGACUGGGAGGCUGACAGCACCAGCAGCGAGUCCAAGUCCAGCUCCUCGGGGGGGACGGGGAGGUACCGGCCGGCGUGGAGGCCGCGGAGGGAGGCGCUCAACAUCGACAGCAUCUUCAACCGCGAGAGGCGCCGGCAGGCGGGGUACAGCCCCCUGGGAGCAGCGCUGCUGGACGACGGCGGAGCCUCCGACGGCGCCUCCUUCGCAGCCCCGGAGGACGUGAGGGCCAUCAGGCCCGGCUCCUCCUGGACUCUGCCCACCACCUCCAGCAGCUUCAGAGCAGCCGUGGACGCAGCGGGAGGCGGAAGUGUCGGUGGAGGAGGUGCAGAGCUGCCUCCUCCUCCUCCUCCGCCUCCCCCCAGGCUGAUCCAGAGGAUGGAGAGCGGCUACGAGAGCAGCGAGAGGAACAGCAGCAGCCCCGUCAGCCUGGACCUCAACCUGGCAGACAGGGAUUGUGCUGUGAAGAAGCCUUCGUCCUCCUCGUCUUCCUCAGGACCGGCGUGGAGGAACAUCCGGUCGAAGAGCAGCGGCGCGCUGCUGCAGGAGCUCAGCUCGACCAGCAGGGGGAGCCUCGCGCCCCCCGCAGGCCGCAGCGAGCUGGACGAGCUGCAGGAGGAGGUGCUGAGGAGAGCCAGGGAGGAGGAGCAGCAGCGGCGGCAGGAGAAGGAGAGGGAGGCGGCGCUCGGAUUCAACCCAAGACCCAGCAAGUACCUGGACCUGGACCAGCUGCAGAUCCAAGGUAAAGGCGACAGCUUCGAGCGGUGCGUGUCGGAGGCGGAGCUUCUGCUGGACCAAUCGGUGCGUCUGGAGCAGGCGGGCGAGGUCGCCGCCGCGCUGUCGGCUGUCAACGAAGCCGUCUCCAAACUGCGGCCGGCGGCGGCUGAGGGUGGAGCUAGUAGUCACAGCCGGCUGCAGCGCUGCAUGAGGAGAGCACGCAGCCUGCAGCAACGCAUGCAACUGCAGCAGCAGCAGCAGCAGCAGCAGCAGCAGCAGGACUCAGAGGCAGGCAGACAGCAACCGCAGCAACCAGAGCAACAGCAGCAGGAGGAGAGGCAGCAGCUCCAGGAACAGCCCAGUGAAAAGCCUCUCCGAAUACUUCUGACAGAGAAACAGGGCGACCAAUCAGCUGCCAGUCAGGACAAGCAGGCCCCACCUCUCUCCACCUGCCUUGUUAAGCCCCUCCCUCCCACUCCGAGCUCCGCCUCCAGCGCUGUGGCCCCCACAGGUUCCUCCAGGGAGGGAGGCAGGACCGGGGGCCCCUGCCCUCGCACUGGGAAGCCCCUCAGCAGCAGCGGCUCCCUCCCUUCUCUGUGUGUGGACACCUCCCUGGGAGACUUGGCUCCGCCCCCUCCACCUGUCUCCAUCCAGGCACAAGCCCCGCCCCCACCCAGGCCGUACACCCGAAUACCGUCACCUGUCAGCAUGAAGCAGGAGCCAUUUUACGCCAGGCAGCCACAGGCCACGCCCCCAGACCAUAGCCCCUCCCCCAUACUAGCCCCGCCCCCUGUUACCUACCCAACCAGGAACUGGUCCUGCCUACACCUGGACCCACGUGAUGUUGUUGAUUCUCCCAGUCAACCAAUCAGCUCCACACUUUACUCCCCCCCAGACUCCCCCCCCACCGCCCCCCCUGUGAGCCGGCCCGGUCGGACCUCCCCCCCACCGCCCCCCGUCCAGGACUACAGAGCCGCUCUGCCCGUGGAGCGCUGGGCCGAGAACGUCAACCGGUACUACGGCUCCCAGAGCGCAAUGGGAGGGGAGGGGGGGCCGGCGCUGCCCGGCGAGGAGCUGUCAGAGCUGGACUCUCUGUACCAGGCCAGCCUGCUGGCUCCCAGCAUGCACCGGGGCAGCCGCGGAGUCAGUCCUCAGCCCGCUGGCAGCAAACCAGGUGUGAGGAGGCUGCUGCCAGGUUCUGGACGGUCCAAAACACCAACAGCUGAGCUCGAGAGAUUCGCCUACAGAACACCGACUCCUCUGAAGCCGCCGUCAGCUGAAGACGAGAGCUACAGCGCAGAGAACCUGCGACGCAUCGCUCGCAGCCUCAGCGGCACCGUCAUCGGCUCGCGGCCGCAGAACCUCGUCGCCUCCCGCAGCAGCUGUGACUCCUCUGUAUCCAGGCCUCCUCUCAGACCCGCCGACCUUCACUCCUCCUCUUCCUUCACGCUCCCCCGUCGCCCCAGCACCUCCUCCCUGCACCUCCCCUCCUCCUCCUCCUACUCCACCACAGACCACUCCCUCCACCGACACCUCGGCCCCUCAGCUCCUGCACCUCCUCCACAGCACCCCCCCUCGCAGACAUCAUCAUCACGGCCCCCCAGCUCGGGGCCCUCCUCCUGGGGACGCUCAGGACCUGGUCCGAGGCUCCAGCACCAGUUUCUGGUUGUGUCUGACCGGCAUCCGGCUGUCUCAGGUCAAGGCCUCCACGGCGUCGCGCUGAGCUACGGCACUCUGCCCCGAGCUCCUCGCCGAGCGCCGCCUCCCUCCUCCUCCUCCACCGCCUCCCUGCCCCGACCCAGAGCCCGAUCCGGCCCCGCCCCCCCGCCGGGCCCACAGAGCCUGUACGCCACGCUGGCCCACCCUCGCCGCCCUGCCGCCACCAACGGCCUCCACCGGCAGCAGUCGCUGCCCGGCUUCGGCGCUCCGCAGCACCUCAGGGUGCCCGGAGACGCCCCCACCCAGCCGCUCCGCCUGGACGUCCCCCCUGAGAGCGACUGGCGCCGCGACGCCGACCCCCGGACUGUCCAGCCCGGCUCCUCCUGGGACCCCCGCCUGGCCCGGCACCACCAGGCCCUCCAGCGGACCGACUCCCAGCCGCCUCCUCGGCCUCGUCGGGCCCCUCAGCUCUGCUCGCUCUGCCAGCAGCUCCCCGCGGAGCCGUCGCGGCCCUACUGCCCGUCCUGUGGCGCCUACGUGGCCCGGUUCCGCCCGGUCAGCUGAUCAGGACCCCCCUCCACACAGACGGAGUCUUAUUCCAAACGCCACAUCCAUCGUCGCGGUGAAGUUCCUCGUUUUGUAUUUAACUUGUGCCAACGUUCCUCCAGCUCCUCCUCCGUCACGGCGUCGGUGGAUGAUGUCACUCUGGAAUAAAACUCUGAUUGGUGGUCGGCUGCAGCAUCCGAGGAGGCCAGCGACAUCAAGAAGCUUCAUCUGAGUCCAGUCUCAUGCCCCAAACCUCCAUCUGAGGACCCGCUGCUCCACAACACGACUGGUUCUGACCCGCCUGGCCCUGCCCCGCCCACAGCAGACAUGACAGACCGAUCCCAACACUCCUGUACGUCUGUGGAUGUCUGCUGCACUGAAGCACAGUCAGAGUCCAGAUGAAGCACCAGAGCAGGUGAUGAAGAGACGGACAGAGCUCAGAGCCAAGCAGCCAAUCAGAGCGAAGCUGCCGACCUGCUGUCUGUUCACCACAAACCUGCAGCCGCACGCAGGAAGCUGCAGUUACCGGACUUUAUAUGAACCUGGAGGUGUUUGUUUUUAGAGCAGAACUAAUCAGAAGCGUGAGGUAGUUCGACGGCCUUCAGGUCUCAGUUUGAUUCAGUUUUUAAGCGAAACACUAAAAUCACGUCUUCGAAUGUUUUGUUUUGUUUUUUUCAGCAGCAGAAAGUCCAAAAAACCCAAAUAAUAAUUUUAGAGUCACAACAGACAAAGAAAAGCAGCAGAUCGUUUGUUUUUAGCCUCCCAGACUUAAAGCUGAUUGGCUGUUCAAACAUCCGUCUGGUUGGUGUUUCCAUAGAAACACACGUAUGUUCGUUUGUCUACAUAGAAGCACAAGUUUGGCUUCAUUUGAUCCAAUAAAUCUGUUGAAGGUAAAGUUCAUAGCUGCUCCGUUAAAGUUUCUAUUUAACGAUGAAAUGUUUAAUUAGGUGAUGAAUUAACCGAUGAGCUCGUCACUUUUUACUGAAAAACAAUCACCUAAUUUCUAAAGUUUUACUGUUUUUGUUUGUCUUGUUUUAACAUAAUUUUGGGGUUUUUUAAAGACGGUUGAUUGAACCGAACAAACUUUUUAAACGUCUCCGUCUCCUGGAAACGACCGAAUUAUGAGAAAAUGCUGUCGGUAAAAACGUUCUGGAUGCUAGCGCUCCUGUGCUAACGAGGAAUGUUCCGGCUGCUUUCUGUCGACUCGAGGCCGCUAAAGGACGACCAGCGACGUGUUCGGUCUCCUCGUCGGCUCCUCCGACACAUUCAGAGUCAUUUUACCGCCGUCAGUGUGCUCGUGUUGAACAGACUGGCAUGAGUUUGUGUUUCUGUUCAGCUGCUUUUAACAUUCAGUCAAAUCAUUUCCUCCAAAAGAGCUCAUUUAGAUGAUUAAAUAAACAUCUUCAGUUCACAGUGACCAGAGAGUUCAUUCACGUUAAACUCAAACCGACAUUUAACCAGAUAGUUUGUUUGUGCGCCUUUCAUCCACCCCGACCUCCUCCUCCUCCUCCUCCUCCUCCUCCUCCUCCUCGUUAAAGUCGCCUCCUGCCAGGAGUUGUGUCGCACUAACUGGAAAAUCGGCGUAGUUACGUAGAAACUUCAUUUCAAGGAGACGGAGCUGCAAAAACGGUAAAAGCACGUCACAAAAACUAGAUCAGAAUCAGAUGUGGACGUGGUGACGGCAGCUCGGUUCAGUCGUGUGCUGACACCAGACGGGCCGACGGGCCGACGGGACCAGUGGUGGGUUCAGGUUUGUGGGUUUAGCCGAGCAGACAGCAGGUCCUCUGUGCUGCCGGAGCAUCAGCCUGCUCCACUUCCUCCUCUAUUUAUUUUUGUAGGCUUGUCAGACUGAGUUGUGCGUAGAUGAACUAAACUACCUGCCUAACCUGAAUAUACUCGACCAUAGACCUGGUUUUUCUAUACAGUGAGUUAGUCGCCUUGUUUGGGAUGUGCAGCCUUCCUAUAUCGCGCCGGGGCUGAUUUCUGUCGUUCCAGAGCCUGUUAGAGGAUUUUAGAUUAUUAACUGACGCUUUCUUUUGAACAGAGUUGCAGCUAAUAUUUAGCAUGACGUUUUUCUGACAUAUUCUAGCCUUGAGAGAACCACUCGGUGUACAUUUAUGGUUACCGGCGACGUACGCAGACCCGUUUUAGCGCCGCCACUCGACUCCGGCUCGGUUCACAGGUGUCGAGGGUCCAUCUUUGCUUUUGCUCGUUGCUCAUUUCUUUCGACGUCCCUCCCGUUUGUUCGGGGAGGAGCUUCCCUCGUUUUACUGCUCUUGAAGGAAACCCGUAAAUCGUUCUUCGCUAACAGAAGCUAGCAGAGCCGAUCUGCCCGACUGCCAAGAACCUGGUGGUGACCCGAACACACGAACCCAAGUCUGGUCUGAAGGGAAACACUGAUUUAAUCAUUUCACCCUGCAGAUGAAGUCUUAUAUUAACCAGUUUCUCCUUACAAAUGAUCAUAAUGACCUGAUUUAUUGAUCCCUGAAGGAAAUUGUCUUAUUUUAACGGUAAAGUUGGUGUUUCAGACCAGACCUGAGUUCACAGCGAUGCAGCGAGUGUCCAUAACUCAGAGAGAAGUUAUUUUUUCACCAUGUCAGAGUUUCUUUUGUUUUUUUCCUUUUGGCUUUUUGCUUUGCCAGAUUUUAUUUUGUUGAUUUUUGGUAUAUUUUUGAUGCUUAUUUUUCUACACUGUAGAGUUAACAGAGAUGAUAAGAUGAUUAAAAUGUUUAAAGGAA